ACGUCACAACGAAUUGCUUUAUCAGUUAUCCUCCAUAAGCCCAGGAUCUCCCAAAACCAGUGCCACGUGGACACGCGACUAUCCAAGUCUAACCUCAACCCGAUCCAACCACGGGUUCAUCACUUGACCUUUGAGAUUCUCGACUGUCUGUUGUGUCAUCACCUGCUUUGGCGCCGGCCUUUUCCCACCGUAGCCCCCCGACACAAACAUAAAAUCCUCCCAACCCAAACCCAACAGCCAUGUCAUUUACAAUCUUCCAACCCGCUUCGGUGCCCCUCCUCCACUCCCAUGCGCACCUUAGCUCACCCCUCCCUCCCAUGUCUAUCUUACGCCGCCUCAACCCCAACCACCUAAAACUAAAACUACGCCGCCACCGCUUCGCCAGUGUCGCCGCCGCAGUACGCCAGGACACCGCGCUCUGGACCCAAGCCCCACUCUCCGAGAUUGAACCAGCGGCCGAGUCGCUCUUCCACGUCCGCAUCGACCUGUCCGACGCGCCCGACCUCGCUUCGUCCCACACGCGCGCUGGCCAGUAUCUCCAGCUUCGCGUCCCGGACGAGUCCAAACCCUCGUUUCUGGCCAUCGCGUCGCCGCCUUCGUUGGCGGCGACAAAGGGCGUGUUCGAGUUCUUGGUGAAGAGCGUGGCGGGGUCCACAGCGGAGCUUCUGUGCAGGCUCAAGAGAGGGGACGUCGUGGAGCUAAGCCAGGCUAUGGGGAAAGGCUUCGAGAUCGAUCGGAUCGACCCGCCCGAGAAAUACCCGACGGUUCUAAUAUUCGCCACGGGAUCUGGAAUAAGUCCAAUCCGUUCUCUGAUUGAAUCGGGGUUUAGCGCCGAUACAAGAUCUGACGUCAAGCUCUUCUAUGGGGCUAGAAACCUCGACAGAAUGGCUUAUCAGGAUAGAUUUAAGGACUGGGAAUCUUCAGGUGUUGAGAUUGUGCCAGUAUUAUCACAGCCGCAUGAUGGUUGGACGGGACAAAGUGGUUAUGUGCAGGCUGCUUUUUCCAGAGCCAAGCAAAUUUAUAACCCUCUUUCUACAGGUGCUGUUUUAUGUGGGCAGAAGCAGAUGACUGAGGAGGUUACCUCAAUUCUUAUAGCAGAUGGAGUCUCCAGUGAAAAAAUACUGAAGAAUUUCUGACUAAACCAUCAAAAUCGAUUGUUGUAUCAUUAGUACUGAGGGACAGUGUAUUGAUUUGUUCCCCACUGCUGAGGAUAGAUUAUCCUAAGCUUGGAAAAAGAAAAUAAAUACAAUUUUGAGAUUCUGACUUGCAAGCAUCUUUGUAGUUUGUAUGUCAAAAUUGUUAAUGAUCGCUCCCAGAGGAUAGAAUUAUGUAUGUCAAAAUUGUUAAUGAUCGCUCCCAGAGGAUAGAAUUAU